AGCACCUACUGUCGCCCCUUGCGACAGAAGACGGCAGGGACGAAUUCUUGCAUCAGUGUCUUGUCUCGGUAGACGUCAUGGCCCGCAGUGGUCUCAAUGUGCUCCCUGUGUUGCUCUUGGCGCUGGGCGCAUGGAUGAGCUCCAACUGCUUCGCCAACUCUCCCAGCCCGCGGGCAACAAGCCGAAUGGCCAUGCAGGGCUUCAAAGAUGACUUCUAUGCUUGGAAGGACACCCUGAGCAAGGAGGAUCAGGCGCUCCUGCUGAAGCAGGCACAGAAUGAGUUCAACAAGAAGUUCCGUGCCACCGACGACUUCAAGACGAGCAUCUCUGAGGACAAGAUUGAGUCCUUCGGCAAGGUUUUGCAGAAAUUCUUCGACAACGAGAAGGAAGACUACAAGAAGGAUGUUGAGAAGAGGACCCCGGACUACGACUAUUUGCAGAGCAAGGCCAAGCAGGUGGCCUAUGACUUCAGCCUCACCAAUGCCAUCGUGCCGGUGGACCGCGACGGCGACCGUCGUUGGGCCUCGAUGGUGAUGAAGCGCCGCGUAGCCGAGGCGGAGGGCAAGGAGUUCCCGGAUGCCGCCGUGGUGACAGGGGAAUAUCUCUGGGCGAACGAGGGGCAGGACCACACGGACAAUGUGAAGUUGUUGGAGAUGGCCAAGGCACAUGCCACCAAUCCGGAGAUAAAGAAGGCUUUGGAUGAGUUCGAGAUUCCAGCCGAUGGCGAAGAUUUCAUGAUCCAAUUGCCUCGCAAGAUUGUGCAGUUGCUCAGCCAGGCCGGUGGAAAGCUCCAGGCCCAGGUCGAGGCUUACAGGGCGGACCACAGCGAGUCUGAAGUCGAGGCCUAUGCCAAGAGCCUGGAGGAGGAAUGGGUGAAGACUGCGGAAGACAUCUCCAAAACGUACAUUUUGGCGCAAGACGAGAUUGAGACCGAAAUGCAGAAGAUGAAGAAGUUCUUCGGAUCCCAGAAGAACAUGGCAGGCAAGACCAAGGCGGACAUCUUGAAGGGGAUUUGGAAGUUGCUGCCCAAGUACUCCGACGGGCCUGUGGAGCCUUUGGAUGAGGAGAUGCUCAGCGAGUUGGCGAAGGUGCCAGCGGUCAUCGAGGGCGAGUUCAAUCAUAGUUGGGGUACCGCAGACACGCUCUACAAGUCGGAGGCCAUUGAUUCCUUUGGCAGCAAGUACUUGUUGGGCAUCUUUGAGAAGAGGGAAGAUGCCGAGAAAGCCUUCGAUGCUUGGAACAAGGAGUACACUCAGGCCGGCCAGGAUGUGAAGGAGAACUUGAAGAGUUGGGCCAAGGGUCAGGAGGCUGAGUUGGCUGAGGAGCAGGAUUCCGUGGAUCGCAUCCGUAAGGCCCUCGAGGAAGCACAGCGCUAGAGACUUGCUCCAUGAACCCCCUAACAACGGGGAAUGUAUGACAUGGUCUUACGACCGGAGGCCAGUGGUUUUUACGCGUUUUCCUGGACGCUGCCGCAGGGCAGGCUGUUUUUAGCGCAGAAGCUAGGAAAAAA